CUCUUCCACCGCCCAACUUUUGCUUCCGCUUCUACCGUGUUGAAGUGGACUUGGAGUUGAUGUGGUGCGGCAUCUCCCUGCUAAGCAAGAGCCCACUCACCGUGGCUACGCCCUGGCAACCCUUCAUGUCCUCCGUCUCCGCUAGCGCCGGCGCCCCCAGUAGUCCCUCCGCCGGCAAGGACCUAGUCGCCGGUCUCCUGGCCUCUGGUUUGCCUGAAAGUCUGCCCACCUCCGCAGGCAUGCUGAUCCUGCUGAAGAGACUGCAGGAUCCUCUGCUGGCCACUGUUCUGCCCCGUGUCGUUCCCUGUCGUCCGACGGACGAGUUCUGCCUUCCCAUACCGCUGCCGCAUUCUCUCGGCAGACUGCUGGAGAAUUUUAUUGAGGUUCACUGGACAUCACACUUGGCAUUCAGCGUGACCGGCCCCGGGGACUCCGCCGGGGGUGCUAAACUUUAUCGUUUAGAAAACUGUCGAUUUGGACGCAUAGUACCUCUUUCAACUGCACAGCAGGAAGACGCCAUUUCCCUGGAACCCCGGCUGAUAUCUCCUUCCUCGCGCUGGUACUUCCCCUUCCUCAAGACCCCUUCGUUUGUCGCGAAAUUGGUCUGGGGCGAAAGUAUUUGGUUAGGCCUCACCCACUCUUCCGUCCGUCCAGUUUACGAGGGGAGUCAGUGUCCUGACUGCCGUGAACUGUCGGAGAGGUUGGAAAAUCCCGAAUCAUCUAUACUGUUGUCCUCUUCCCCCGACGACGAUCCUAUCCUUCACGUCAGCGUUCGGCAGCUAGAUCUUCUUCCUGUCGAGUUGCGUGGUGGAAUCCAGCAUGCUGAACAAUUAGGCCAGUUGCAGCGGCGUUUGUUGAGGCAGUUCAGUCCACAGGCGGGUAAUGUUUACCCUUAUCUUAACGUUCUAUCUUGA